UUUAUUCUGCUACUAGCUUAUUAGUUCCAUUUGCCAUCAUCCUCUCCUAAAAGUCUUAUACCUACAGAAGAGUUUUUGCUCUUAUUUUUCUACUUCGGUCUGAAGGAUUUAGUCUGCACUGGUCAGAGAAGCAAUGGCAGGCUCUCAGUGCUGUUCUAACCCACCAAUUAUCAACACAAGCUAUGGUUCAGGCUGUGCUGAAAAAUAUGGAGGCCUUGAUGUCUAUGCCAUGGGCUCUCCCAACUCCAAGCGCGCUAUUCUUCUUAUCUCUGAUGUUUUUGGAUAUGGAGCUCCCAACUUGAGGAAGCUUGCAGGAAGAGUUGCUGCUUCUGGAUACUUUGUUGUAGUUCCAGACUUCUUCUAUGGAGAUCUGUUUGUGUAUGACAAUAACAGGCCUCUAGCAGUCUGGUUAAAGGAUCAUGAAACGGUUAAGGGAUUUGAAGAUGCAAAAUCAGUGAUUGACACUCUUGUAGGCAAAGGUUUUUAUGCUAUUGGAGCUGCAGGCUUCUGUUGGGGUGCCAUGGUAGUCACCGAACUUGCAAAGUCUGAGUUGAUCCAAGCUGCUGUGCUGUUGCAUCCCCCAUUUACUUCUGUCGAUGAUAUUGAGAGGGUUAAAUCUCCUAUUGCUAUUCUGGGAGCUGAGAUUGACAACUACUCUCCACCGGAACUCGUGAUGAAGUUUGAGGAGAUAUUAAAUGCUAAACCCCAGGUUGAUAGCUAUGUAAAAAUCUUCCCAGAAGUUGCUCAUGGUUGGGCUGUGAGGUACGAUGUUGACGAUGAAGCAGCUACACAGCGUGCAGAGGAAGCUCAUAAUGACAUGUUGCAGUGGUUUGCUAAGCAUGUCAAGUAAAUUAUUCUCCUUCUCUUUCUGUUUCUGAUGCGAACAAUAUGGAUUCAUAUGAUUGUUGGAACUUAUAUCCAGCUAGAAGUCAUAACAUCAUACCUAAUAAUUUGAUACUCUGCAUUCAAAAGGUCAACUUAUUUUGAUUAUAGUGAAUGCGUUUGCUAGAG